UGGUGCCCCGCGGCAGGCCACGCAGGCGCAGUGAGUCAGUGCCGGUCAGUCCCUUGGGCUGAGGGGCAGCGGUUAGGCGGGAGGCGUCUGCAGGGGUCGCCGAGCUAACCCUUGGCUAGGAGAGUGGGGCGGGGCGGCCGGCACCAUGUCCAGGCAGGCGAACCGUGGCACCGAGAGCAAGAAAAUGGUAACUUGGAGCGCGUGACCUCGGCGGGCGGGGCGAAAUUGAGGCAUACAGGGAAGGGGCCCGGCCCCGAGCGCGAGGCGCGUUUGGAAAAGGGCCCUUUUGUGAGCUCUGGCGGGGGAAGCCUCUUGCUGGAUCACUCCGGGGCGUCCCAGGCAGGUUAGGGGACCGUCGGAGAAGUUCCCCGGAGGAGACCUCUUUCCCGUGGAGACCCCGCCCCCAAGGCCUGAGUGCCGCUGUGUCCUAAGCCAACAACAACGACGAGCUCUGAGCUCUUCACCCUGACCUAUGGUGCUCUGGUCACCCAGCUAUGCAAGGACUAUGAAAAUGAUGAAGAUGUGAAUAAACAGCUGGACAAAAUGGGCUUUAACAUUGGAGUCCGGCUGAUUGAAGAUUUCUUGGCUCGGUCAAAUGUCGGGAGGUGCCAUGACUUUCGGGAAACUGCGGAUGUCAUUGCCAAGGUGGCGUUCAAGAUGUACUUGGGCAUCACUCCAAGCAUUACUAAUUGGAGCCCAGCUGGUGAUGAAUUCUCCCUCAUUUUGGAAAAUAACCCCUUGGUGGACUUUGUGGAACUUCCUGAUAACCACUCAUCCCUUAUUUAUUCCAAUCUCUUGUGUGGGGUAUUGCGGGGAGCUUUGGAGAUGGUCCAGAUGGCUGUGGAGGCAAAGUUUGUCCAGGACACCCUGAAAGGAGACGGUGUGACAGAAAUCCGGAUGAGAUUCAUCAGGCGGAUUGAGGACAAUCUUCCAGCUGGAGAGGAGUAACCAUCCCUAGGACUCGAGGAUAGCCAGCAGAAGCACUGUUGGAGUCAGCAGGCCUCUGUGCUCCCUCUGCCCUCCAGAACUCAGUGACUCUUGAACAUGGAUGUUAUAUAUUCUUAUAACCUGUUUCCAUUCUCCAUUCAAAUAAAGAGCAGACUGUGGUACAGUCCAUUUACCCCAUGUGUGCACAUUCAGGAGCGACAGUCUCUGCUCCCUUUCCCUUGAGAGGGGCCAGAUGUAAUCACCCUUUGUUGGACUAGAAAGAGCUCAAACCUUUUACAUUCCUGUUUGAAUUUUUCCAAAGCAAAACCCACUUUGACCCCAUUAAGAGGCAAGCCUGGCACAUCUAUCCCUGGGCCUUUAAAAAGCCAUUUGCCUCAAAUGGCUGUAGGGUUGUGGGGUGGAGGGAGGAAGGGCUGGGAGGGAGUGGGGAGGAGCUGCUAGCUGUAGUGUGACACACUGUAGUGCUUGCAGGAAAGGAGCCAGUCAUGCCGGAAACACUGACUUCUGGGAAGCCACCCAGCUCUCAUUCCUCCCUGCUGUUCGGAGGCAACAUCUCCUCUUUUUACAGAGGGCACAUCCUUUUUUCUUACAAAUUCUUCAAUAAAGACACAUUCUUGAGUGAAAUCCCAA